AUGAAGAAAAAAGAUAAGAAGCAUGUUAUGGAAAGAAAACAAAAGAGAAAGCGUGAGGAGACAAUAGAAGGCGAGGAACCAUCACCCGAGCUAGGAUCAACGGCCGCUGAGGACUUAGAUGGUGAAUCACCGAAUAAUAUGGAGGAAGAAGAAGGCAUGGACGUUGAAGAGGCAGCCAGUAGCUCGAAGGACGACAGUUAUCAAAAAGAGUUCAAAAUACUCGGGCAAACGGAAUUCGCGCCUCUGAAAAAAAUCAACGUUACGACCUCCUGGGUGUCGAAUGCUACUUUGUUUCCCGCGGAAUUGCACGAGAGGAAUUUAGCUGAUUUAUCCUCAGUAUUCGGUAUCCCCGAUGCAUUAUUAAAUCUAGUUAGGAAACGAAUACGGUCAUGGUUCCCUGUGCAAAAAUCAGUUCUACCUUAUCUUCUCCACGACAUAACUCAUGUACCCCCUGUGCGACCCCGUGAUAUAGCUAUUUCUGCCCCUACAGGAUCCGGGAAAACUUUGUGCUACGUGCUCCCGAUCUUGGCACAGAUAGGUGCCCGUCCUUGUGGUCGGUUACGUGCGCUUGUUAUCGCUCCUGUGCAGACACUCGUCAAGCAAAUAGAACAGGUAACAUUUGCUUUCAGCGUUACGACCUCCUGGGUGUCGAAUGCAACUUUAUUUCCCGCGGAGCUGCACGAGAGGAAUCUAGCUGAUUUAUCCUCAGUAUUCGGUAUACCUGAUGCGUUAUUAAAUCUAGUUAGGAAACGAAUACGGUCAUGGUUCCCUGUGCAAAAAUCAGUUCUACCUUAUCUUCUCCACGACAUAACUCAUGUACCCCCUGUGCGACCCCGUGAUAUAGCUAUUUCUGCCCCUACAGGUAGGCUACCUAUUUAUUUACCGAAAACGUUCUGCACCACAGGAAAGAAGUGUGUAAUUAGAAAUUUGAAGAAUUUGCAAAGGUUCACGAUGGCUGGGGGCGGAUGA